AUGCCUCCCAGUGUCUCAGUUUCGAAAAAGAAUCUGAUCGUCGUGUCCAACCGACUUCCGCUCUCGAUCAAACGAGUCGAUGAUUCGUUUGAAGCCAACGUCUCGGGCGGAGGACUGGUUACCUCGUUAUCCGGACUGACCAAGUCGACAUCUUUUCGCUGGUUUGGCUGGCCGGGGAUUGAGGUGAAGGACGAGAACGAGCAAGAAAAGGUAGCGAAAAGCCUCAGCGAGCACAAUGCCGUGCCGAUAUUCAUCGACGAGCAAUUGGCGCAUGACCACUACAAUGGCUUCUCGAAUUCCACUCUCUGGCCUAUCCUCCACUACCAGUCGGGUGUGGACUUUGACGACGACACUUGGCAAGCUUACAAGCGCGUCAACGAGAUCUUUGCCGAUAUUAUCGCCAAAGAAGUCACAGAGGACAAUAUGAUUUGGAUUCAUGAUUAUCACUUAAUGUUGCUUCCCCAAUUGCUGCGUGAACGGCUUGAGAAGCAGGGCAAAUCUUUUGCAAUCGGUUAUUCUUUACAUACACCCUUCCCCGCAGAGGACUUUUGGAAGAGCUUGCCUGUGUGGAAUGAGCUCGUUGAGGGGAUUCUUGCGAGCGAUCUAAUCGGUUUCCAUACCGAUGAGUAUAAACAUAACUUUUUUGCUUGCGCGCGGACACUCGGCGCAUCUACUGAAGUCGAAGGGGAGAUCCAAUACCAAGACCGGAAAAUUAUGGCCGACAAAUUUAUUGUAGGGAUUGACCCGCAGAAGUUCACCGACGCUCUGGAAGACUCAGAUGUCCGAACCAGGAUCCAAGAACUGCAAGAAAGAUACAAGGGUGUCAAGGUCAUUCUCGGUGUCGACCGACUAGAUUACAUCAAGGGCCUAACCCAGAAACUGAAAGGCUACGACUACUUCUUAGACCACCACCCCGAGCUAAGCAAAAAAGUGGUCUUGAUCCAGGUAGCCGUGCCAAGUCGGGAGGACGUCAAGGAAUAUCAAGACUUGGAGACGGAUAUCUGCACGACAGUCGGAAAAAUCAGCGGGAAACACGCCACUGCCGACGGAACUCCGCUCAUCUACAUCCACCGCUCGGUGUCCUUCACGGAACUGACGGCGCUGUACUCGUUGGCCGAUGCCUGCUUGUUGACUUCUACGCGGGAUGGCAUGAACCUCGUCUCCUUUGAGUAUAUCGCAUGCCAAGCCCAGCGACAUGGCGUGCUAGUUCUUUCCGAAUUUGCAGGGGCUGCGUCGUUUCUCAAGGAGGGCAGUAUCUCGUUCCAUCCUGCCAACAUUCCCGAGAUGUCUGAUGCCAUUCAUGAGGCUGUCUCGAUGAACAGUGAGGAUCGGAAGCGGCGGUAUGAAGGGUUAAGAGAAUUUAUUGAAACCAAUACCAGUGCUAAAUGGGGCGAGACGUUCAUUGAGAAGCUCUCUGAACGUCUCUAA